CGCAUUUUAAUCCUUGGCGACUCCAUCACUCACGGUGGAGAAGGAGAUUAUACUUGGAGAUACAGGCUGUGGGAAUGGUUUCAGCAGUAUCACAUCCAGGCGGACUUUGUGGGACCAUAUACUGGAGUGAAUCGUCGUGACGAGCCUGUACCACCUCAGCCUCCACGCUUGCCUGAGGAACCUGAACUACCGCCUAAAGACCGAAUCCCUUGGGGUUACAAUGCCAACGUCUCGCACCACUUCGACAGCAGUCAUUUCGCUACAUGGGGCUACCAAGCAAAGCAAGCAACAAGUGUCAUUGGUGACGCCGUUCGGCAAUCCAAUGCGACUAUGCUACUGUCACUUGUGGGCUUCAACGAUCUUGGCUGGUUCGUGGAUGAUGCGAGCGGCACCAUGAAAAGUAUUGAGACCAUACUUCAUGAAUGCCGCGCGGCAAAUCCCACUAUGGAGUUUGUAUUCGGGAAUGUCGUUCAUAGAAGCAAGAUGGAUGGAAGACAAGACCUCAUUGACAAUACUAAUCGGGUCAAUAAGCUCCUCAAGACCGCUACUUCGAACUGGAACUGCAGCAAGUCUCCUGUCUCCUAUGCUGAUGUUGCCUCUUUGUACGAAUGCGGACCUGAAUACGGGGACAAAUGCCCUGCAGCAUAUGAUGGCCUUCAUCCGAAUGCUCGGGGAGAGUAUCAGAUUGCCAGAGCUUUUUCGAAAGCUUUGCACAAAGACUUCGCUCUUGGAGAACAACCGUUAGAAAUGCCGACGCGGAUACCUGCCAGAGACCUCCGGACGCCGUCACACAUUACUGUCGAAGGUGCUCCGAUGGGCCUAGCUGUGAGUUGGAGCCAUGUCUUCGGCGCAGAAUACGAUUAUCGUCGGAGAGAGAAAGGCCAGUCAGAGUGGUCCGAACAACAGAUCGCCACCAACCGCGUCGACUUGACCGACACACACGCGGGAACAGAAUAUGAAAUCCAAAUUAGAUCCCGUCACGGCUACGAACAUGGUGCCUGGUCAGCCAGCUGUAGCGCAGUAGCGACACGAGAUACUGCUCCACCUCCGCGGAACAUCAAGGUGUUUCCGGCGAUCUCGUCUUUUUCUAUAUCGUGGGAUCCUCCUGCAGGGAAUUGGAACAUCGAGCGCUACGAGAUCCUGUGGGCUGACCAAGACGUUCAAGGGUUUCCAAGCAAUCAAGGCGCUCGAGGCAAUGCGACCGUUGUGCGUGGCCUCACAAAUGGUCACCGCAUUCAAGCUGGCAUGAGGACGUGGACGCAGUCUUCAAGUGGUCUU